CUUCGCAGUCCGCGCCUCGCGCUCCAUCUCCGCCCCGCCCCUCCGGCCCAGACCGGAAAUGAAGUCAGAGAGGGAAACCCCGGCUGGGAGAUUGGUUCCCCAAAGCGGCGCCGGGUGGAGGUGGCUGCGGCAGCGGAUGUGGCCUCAUGGAUGAGUUGGUACACGAUUUAGCCUCGGCCUUGGAGCAGACAUCUGAGCAGAAUAAGCUGGGCGAGCUGUGGGAGGAGAUGGCUCUGAGCCCCCGGCAGCAGAGGCGGCAGCUUCGGAAGCGCCGAGGCCGGAAGCGCCGGUCUGACUUUACUCACCUGGCAGAGCAUGCCUGCUGCUACAGUGAGGCCUCCGAGUCAAGUCUGGAUGAGGCCACCAAGGACUGUCGAGAAGUGGCCCCCAUUACCAACUUCAGUGACUCUGAUGACACAGUGAUGGCCAGACGCCACCCAGCUCUCAACGCCAUAGCUAAGAGUAAGCAACACACUUGGCACGAAUCUGACUCCUUUACGGAAAAUGCACCUUGCCGACCUCUCAGGCGCAGGCGGAAGGUGAAGAGAGUGACAUCAGAGGUGGCCGCCAGCCUUCAGCAGAAGCUGAAGGUGUCAGAUUGGAGCUAUGAGAGAGGCUGCAGGUUCAAGUCAGCCAAGAAGCAGCGACUGUCCCGCUGGAAGGAGAAUGCCCCCUGGACCUCAUCGGGCCACGGGCUCUGUGAAUCGGCAGAAAGCAGGACUCUACUGAGCAAAACGGGAAGGAAAGAAAGGAUGGAGUGUGAAGCUGAUGAGCAGAAACAGGGCUCUGAUGAGAACAUGUCAGAAUGUGAAACUAGCAGUGUGUGUAGCAGCAGUGACACUGGGCUCUUUACCAAUGAUGAAGGACGGCAAGGGGAUGAUGAGCAGAGCGAUUGGUUCUAUGAAGGUGAGUGUGUCCCAGGAUUCACUGUUCCAAAUCUUUUGCCCAAGUGGGCUCCUGAUCACUGCACUGAAGUAGAAAGAAUGGACUCCGGACUGGAUAAACUUUCAGAUUCCACAUUCCUUUUACCUUCUCGGCCAGCUCAAAGAGGAUACCAUGCGCGCUUGCAUCGAUUGCCUGGUGCUGCGGCUCGAUGCCUCAGAAAGGGUCGAAGAAGGCUGCUUGGGAAGGAGACCAGCAUAAGCAGUCUGGGUCCCGAGAGGAUAAGUCAUAUCAUCAGUGACUCCCGGCAGAAAGAAAAGAAUAAAGCGUUGGCUUCUGAUUUUCCCCACAUUUCUGCUUGUGCUCAUCAGUUUAAUCCUCUCUCUCCCCUUUACUCCCUGGACGUUCUUGCUGAUGCUUCUCACCGAAGGUGCUCACCUGCACACUGCUCUGCCAGACAAGCAAGUGUGCACUGGGGACCACCAUGUUCACGUGACAUUAAGAGGAAACGGAAGCCUGUGGCUGCAGCAUCUCUGUCUAGCCCUGGCACAGCAGUCCCUGUGGAUGCGCCGGAGCCAGCCGUGCCAGCAGCUCACGCCCAGAAGCCGGCAGGCGCCGUGUGGCUGGGCAGGCCCUGCGCAGCGGAGAGGGCCGCCGACUCCACUCCAGCUCCGUUCUUCAAAACUCCGCCCGAAAAGACCUCUGGAUGUAGCUAGAGCACCUGGAGCGGCCUGGGUGCUGUUGAAACUUGGUAUUAGGCGGUCUUCAGGACCCCAGUUGACAUUCCUGGUCCUCUCACCACCAGGACCAACUCCUCUUCACACACAGCAGUGGACUCUUUCUCGUCAUACUGGGGGGAGGGGCUUUCUUGAAAAGGGGUGAUCGUCUGUGCUGCUCUGUUACCCACCGUUGAGCUGCAGCUGUCCUCUCAGCGCUGUUGCUUUGUGGCAGCUGUGUCAUUGUUCCCGGAAACUAGGAACCGCUUUUCGUUCCUUCGGUGUAGAGCUCUUGACAGCCUUUGAGGAAAUCCUGGAUUCCUAACGGAGUUGUGUUUGUAUGUGAUAACACUGACCAUUGGGUGUUAGUUCGCUCAGAGUGCCAGUAAGAUAGGUCAGCCUGUUCUCAGUUUGGGACCUCACAGAAGUCACCAGCAGUCGGGCCCCCGGGGGCACGUCUUCUCUUGCCUGAAGAUGGUCUGGUCCACCAGCUGCACUGCACUUGACCUCUCCUCACGUUUUGUGUUCUCUUGAGAGAAGACAUGUGUGCGCACACAGAUCCGUGUAAUGAAGUGAGGAAGGCGGUUUAGGCACAGCCAAUCACCAGUGGAUGAUGUCUUACUGCUUCAUUCCCAGUGGAAACCUUUAUGUCCUAAGCGUGACCUCACUGUUAUUGUUACGUAGGUCAAGCACCUGCCGCAGAAACUCACACUCUGUUCUAAGAACGGCUGCUUGGGGCCAUGCUUCGGGGAGGAAAAAUGUCUUUCUGACAUACCUUUAUAUUUGGUGUGUUUAUGACCGCUCGGCUGCAUGUAGGGUCAUAUGUACAGUCGUGCCUGAAGUAGGAUGCCACUUUGUCAAAAUGAGGAAUAAGUGACUGCCGGGAGCUGCUGGAAAAGAAACCUACGCUUUCUCAAAAGUAUUCUCAGGAGUGUCCGUCGUGAUGGAGCCUGCUUGACAGGAAGCUCUCCUGCUGUACCAACCGGGUGCUUUACUCAGAAGCAGUGGACGCAGCGUGUCGAGCGCUCGCUGCUUUGCUCACCGGAGAGAACUCUUCCCUCCCAUGUGCGCUCACCUGUCUUAGGUAGCAGGUGGGCCAAAGCCUCUGUUCCCCAAAGUGUGCUUGGUCCCUUCCUCCCACACAGAAUAUAAUUAAUGUGUGUUUCCUUUAAAUAUUACAGUUCAUAUUGGUGGAACUCAGCACUUUCUGCAUUACUGAAGUGGGCAGGUGGCUAGUUGCAAAUCUUGUUGGAAAAGAUUUUUCCAAUGAGCAUGGACUGGCCAUGCUAGCUGAACAUGACCAUCACGCGGGAGUGGGGAGGGAGGCUCAGUUGGAGUCAUGGGCUGGAGGCAGUAACACUAAAGCCAUCCAUUCCCCUCAGAAUCAGCCUGGUUCUCCCCCAGAGGCGCCCAUGGGGUUUCAAAGCUGCGCCCUCACGAGCAUGGAGAAGGGGGCACUCUUGAGUUGUCAGGCAUGCAGGAAGGUCUUGUCACAAGCAUUCUCAACUAGUCCCCACAGUGGCCCAUGGCCCAUAUUUCUGACAUUCUUGGUUGGUUUAAGGGAGAGAUCUUUGGACGAUACUUGUUUUCUCCUCGCCAAACAGUGGAGAGUGCAGAAAUUGGCCGCCUGUUAAUAGCCCGUAAAGACUGCCUCAGUGCGGGUGCAGAGGUGUCCAGCGUCUAUGUUACAUGCUGUCUAUUAGUGCUUUCUACCUGCACAUUAAAGUACUUGAUACACA